UCCACAUGCUGUUUGCCAACCAAACAAUAAGACGAAGUAGUGGUAGCCUAUCCGUGUAUCCACAUUAGUUUUAGGCUAAUUUCGGAGACAAACCCUACACGUUACGGAAUAAUUUGGUCGCUUAAACCUUUUUGAAAAUGGGUAAAAGGGAUAAAGGAGACCGGGACAAGAAGUCCAAAAAGCGUUUCCAUGAGGACGAUGAUGACGAUGAAGAGGCGGCGGGCAGCGAGUCUCAGGAGGCCAUACCUGCUGCUGCAGGGAAACAAGUGGAGGAGUCUGGUAUCAAACUGGAUGAAUAUGGAGGCAAAGACUACCGUUCGCAGAUGCUCCUCAAGGAUGAUCACUCUUCACGUCCAAUCUGGGUGGCUCCAGAUGGACACAUCUUUCUGGAAGCCUUCUCCCCAGUAUACAAGUAUGCACAGGAUUUCUUGGUGGCCAUUGCAGAGCCAGUGUGUAGGCCUAACCACGUCCAUGAGUACAAGCUGACAGCCUACUCCCUGUAUGCAGCUGUCAGUGUGGGGCUGCAGACCUCUGAUAUUGUGGAGUACCUGCAGAAACUCAGCAAAACCUCUUUACCUGAGGGAAUCAUUCAGUUCAUUAAGCUCUGCACAGUGAGCUACGGCAAAGUUAAGCUGGUGCUCAAGCGCAACAGGUAUUUUGCUGAGAGUGCCUUCCCCGACGUGAUCCAGCGCCUCUUGCAGGACAGUGUUAUUCGUAAAUGUCGCCUGCGUACUGUGGAUGGAGACGAGACUGAACUCAUCACUGAAAUCAUCCACAGCAAGUCAGCGAUCUCCAAGUCAGUCGAGGAAAAGGAAGGCAUGUCGAACUCACAGCAGUCCAGUGAGGGUCAAAGCUCCACCCAGCAAGUCCCGGAGGACAUCUUCAGCUACUAUGAGCAGAUGGAUAAAGAAGAGGAGGAGGAAGAGGAGACGCAGACGGUUUCCUUCGAGAUUCAACAGGAGAUGAUUGAGGAGCUGCAGAAGCGCUGCAUUCAGCUGGAGUAUCCCCUCCUAGCAGAGUACGACUUUCGCAACGAUACCGUCAACCCAGACAUCAACAUAGACCUGAAACCCACCGCUGUGCUGCGGCCGUAUCAGGAAAAGAGUCUGCGCAAGAUGUUUGGCAAUGGACGUGCUCGCUCUGGAGUCAUCGUGCUGCCCUGUGGAGCUGGGAAAUCUCUUGUGGGCGUGACAGCAGCGUGCACAGUGCGCAAACGCUGUCUGGUUUUGGGUAACUCCGCUGUGUCUGUGGAGCAGUGGAAGUCCCAGUUCAAGAUGUGGUCCACAAUCGACGAUUCUCAGAUCUGCCGCUUCACCUCAGACGCCAAGGACAAACCCAUCGGCUGCUCGGUGGCCAUUAGCACCUAUUCCAUGUUGGGUCACACCACCAAACGCUCCUGGGAGGCUGAGAGGGUCAUGGAGUGGAUGCGGAGUCAGGAGUGGGGACUCAUCAUCCUGGAUGAGGUGCACACGAUCCCUGCCAGGAUGUUUCGUCGCGUUCUUACCAUCGUCCAGGCUCACUGCAAACUGGGGCUCACUGCCACUCUGGUCAGGGAAGAUGACAAGAUCGUGGACCUCAACUUCCUCAUUGGGCCUAAGCUGUAUGAGGCUAACUGGAUGGAACUGCAGAACAACGGUUACAUUGCCAAAGUCCAGUGUGCAGAGGUAUGGUGCCCGAUGUCUCCAGAGUUUUACAGAGAGUAUGUGGCGAUAAAGACAAAGAAGCGCAUCCUGCUUUACACCAUGAACCCUAACAAGUUCCGUGCCUGCCAGUUCCUCAUCCGCUUUCACGAGCGCCGCAACGACAAGAUCAUCGUCUUUGCCGACAACGUGUUUGCUUUAAAGGAGUACGCCAUUCGCCUCAAUAAGCCAUACAUCUAUGGUCCAACCUCUCAGGGGGAGCGCAUGCAGAUUUUGCAGAACUUCAAACACAACCCAAAGAUCAACACGAUUUUUAUUUCCAAGGUUGGAGACACUUCCUUUGACUUGCCAGAGGCCAAUUGUCUGAUCCAGAUCUCCUCCCAUGGUGGAUCACGUAGGCAGGAGGCCCAGAGGCUCGGAAGAGUCUUACGAGCCAAAAAAGGAAUGGCAGCAGAGGAGUAUAAUGCCUACUUCUACUCACUGGUGUCCCAGGACACACAGGAGAUGGCUUAUUCGACCAAGAGGCAGAGGUUCCUGGUGGACCAAGGUUACAGCUUUAAGGUCAUCACUAAAUUGGCAGGGAUGGAGGAAGAGGACUUGAUGUUCUCCAACAGAGACGAUCAACAGCUGCUGCUGCAGAAGGUGCUGGCUGCUUCAGAACUGGACGCUGAGGAGGAGGUGGUAUCAGGGGAGCUGGGCGCACGGCCGCAGUUCUCGAGGCGAACAGGCACCAUGAGCUCCAUGUCGGGCGCAGACGACACCGUCUACAUGGAAUAUCAAAGCCGCGGCGGCAAGUCCUCUGCAAACGCCAAGGGUAUUCAUCCGCUGUUCAAGCGCUUCAGGAAGUAGAUGCACAGACAGGUGGAACACAGGAAAAAAAUCAAUGCUUUGCUCAGACUGCAGGAAAAAUCUGAUGUUUGAUCCAGAUUGACCUUUUAAAGACUGGACAGCAAAUCAGAUUUGUACAGGUGUGUUUGGAACAACAUGUUUUUUUUGCCAUCACUCUGAAUGAGACGCACGUUAAUGAGGUCAAAGCCUGUAACUGAAGCGCCACAGCCGAUGAUGUAAUAGUGUCUGGGGGAAACACUUGUUAGAGGACUUUACCGAGUGGUAAAUAUUGUUUUCAAUACACAAUAGUGUGGAUCAAUCGAACUACUGUUGUAAUUACGUAUAAAACAACACCGUCGGAGGCUCACAAGACAUCAAAACGCAUUUCAUAAUCUAAUUGUAUCGUAAUCAAAUGAGGAAAUACUGUAUGUUGUUUCUCUCAUGAAGCAGCAGGUGAAUUUUGAGGUGAAAUGCAUCCCAGUCCUUGUUCAUGUGUAAAGUGCUGCUGUCUCUAAAUGGAAAUUUGAAAACAAAAAAUAAUGGAAACCAUGUCAUGGUUUUUUUUUUAAAUGUGUAUUGUGUUGCAGUUAUGUAAUAAUUUAUACUGUUUGUUUAAUCUCUGUUAGUCUCAGUGUAAAUGACUACUACACGUGUAUUAGAGGUGGUUAACGUUUUAAAUAAGUGAAAAUGGGAUCACAGACAUCGAACAAUGAACAGAGAAAACCUGGGUCUUUUCGCCUCUGAGGACGAAAAUCCACUCUUCUUCUUCUUCUUCUUCUUCUUUUCCUUUCGGCUGCUCCCUUCGGGGGGCGCCACAGCGAAUCAACCUCCUCCAUCUCACCCUGUUCUCUCUCACACCAACUAACUUCAUGUCCUCUUUCACUACAUCCAUAAACCUUCUCUUUGGUCUUCCUCUGGACCUCCUGCCUGGCAGUUCCAACCCCAGCAUCCUUCUACCAAUAUACUCACUAUCCCUCCUCUGUACAUGACCAAACCAUCUCAUUCUGGCCUCUCUGACCUUAUCUCCAAAACAUCUAACGUGCUGUUCCUCCGAUUGACUCAUUCCUGAUCCUAUCCAUCUUCGUCACUCCCAAGGAGAACCUCAACAUCUUCAUCUCUGCUACCUCCAGCUCUGCUUCCUGUCUUUUCCUCAGUGCCACUGUCUCUAGACCAUACAGUAUCGCGGGUCUCACCACUGUCUUGUAUAUCUUUCCUUUCAUUCUGGCUGAUACUCUUCUAUCACACAUUACCCCUGACACUUUUCUCCACCCAUUCCAACCAGCUUGAACACGUUUCUUCACCUCUUUUCCACAAUCUCCACUGCUCUGGUCUGUUGACCCUAAAUACUUAAAAUCCUCCACCUUCUUUAUCUCCACUCCCUGUAGCCUCAUGGUUCCACUUGGGUUCCUCUCAUUCACACACAUAUAUUAUGUCUUGCUGCGACUAACCUUCAUUCCUCUCCUUUCUAGAGCAUAUCUCCACCUCUCGAGCUUUUCCUCCACCUGGUCUCUGCUCUUACCACAGAUCACAAUGUCAUCUGCAAACAUCAUAGUCCAUGGAGAUUCCUGUCUAACCUCGUCUGUCAGUCUGUCCAUCACCACCGCAAACAAGAAGGGACUCAGAGCCGAACCCUGUCAUAGGCUUUUUCCAGGCACAAUGCAGCUCCCUCUCCCUCUGAAAAUCCACUCUGCUUUCAUUAAAACAGCUUUGUAUGAAUUUGGCUAGAAGAGUGAAACAAUAAGAGUUAAACCCACAUAAUCAGAAGAUUAUCUCGAUCAGUAUUUCCAAAGCUCCUCUUAUUGUUGAAUUUGUUUUGUUAGGGAAUUUGAUUCUUCCUUGUAAUGUUACUAAAUGGUUUCUUGGAAGGAAAUAGACAAAUCUGUGGCAUUUACUUUUUAACUAGUUAAAUGUGUCGCUCUGAAAGUUCAAAAGCAGAGAUGUAACUGCAGCAGGUCCAAGUUCUUCAUUUUAGUCUUCUUUUGCAGACAGGAAACCAGAACUAAUACAUAAAAUUAAAUCACAUUAAAAAAAAUAAGUGUUCCUGUUUGCUGAUAAUGAUAAUAAUGACACUAGUUAUUUCCCUCACCACCAGUUUGUUCUAAGAAAUUAAAUUACUUGGGGUAAAAAUUAACAACCGCAUGUCAAUUACAGUCAAAUUAAGUUGCAAUAUUGUAUCGAGUCAAGUCGGGCUGCAACUAUUCAUCGGAUAAUCGAUUAUUAAUCAGUUACUAAAUUACUUUUUGAUACGAUUUUUUGGCCUUUUAAAUCUGAAUUUUUCCUAAUAUUCACAUUUAAAACUAUGUGGAUAUAUGAUAAAUUAGAACAUCAUCAUUUUGGGGUUUAUCAGCCAAACAAAUAAUCAGUUACUAAACAAUCAACAGCUGAAUCGAUUAUAAAAACAAUAGCUGGAGCUCUAAACAUGUAGUACAAUAAUCAUUUUGACAGAUGAGAUGAAUAACAAUAAUUCACUCAUAUUCAAUAAUUUGGUAGAGUGUGACCUUGUGUGAAAUGUGUUUGUGGGAGUGUGGAGUGACUGAAGUGGUCAGGUGAAGUAAGUAGGUGGUGCAAUCACUGGCUUUGCGGGUUAUCAUCAUGGACCGAUUGGCCCCAACAAUUUGAUGAAACAAAAGACAGACGGGGCAGAAGCCGGCUGUGUCCCAUGCCUGCAAACAUACUUUUGGUGACUACCUUGGUUGCCGCGGUAACCCGCAUACAGAUCAAAGGGAAGUUUUUUGUGAAGGUUCACAGGACGGACACUUUUAAUAUAUGUGAGUUUCUUUUAACGUAGGGCUGUGAAAGGAAUUGCUACUUUUCUUAGGUCUAUAAAUAUCUAAAGUUCAAAUGCAGUGAUGCCUUUGAGGUUUAAAACUUCAUAUCAACAUGACUAACUUGUGAGACAGAGAUGUGAAUAAUUUGCUAAUUUACAUUUGUUGAAAGUGUCAUAUAGCCCUGGUACAACAUGUAAGUGCCUGUCAGGUCGCACAUAAAUCUCAUGCCUCCAUGAGAUUCUCCAGACUUUGCUUUGCCCUCUGACACCAGCGACUGUACACGGUUCACUCUGUCAUUACGCUUAUAAAUAUAUCAGCUGCACAUUAACAAACCAGUGUUUAGAAACCAGAGAGAAUGAUACAAAGAGUGUGGAAUUAAGAUGUUAAAGGCCUGUGACAAUUCA